AUGAAUACCUCAAUUUCUCGUUUUGCCCUUGUGGCUGGUCUCCUGCUCGGCCAUGCAUCGGCCAGCAUCCCUGCAGUCAGCUCAUUGCCGGUUAGCAGCCAGGUUCAUGCCAUGACUGCAACUUGUGAGACACGAUUGGGAACCGCUUCUGUGAAGUCAGUACCAACUGUCACUCAUACUCACACAAUUCAUGACCGCCACCCUGUCGUCGUCUUCACAACCACCCUGGACACUAUCACGGUCACUCCUACCCAGUCCACACAGGUGGUCACGAACUAUGAAACCAGUACUGUGACAUCUACUGCUUCUACUGUUACUGACACUUUCUCAACGACCUCUACUUUCUACUAUACCUCUACCUUCAGUCGGCAAGACUUACCUUCGACCGCUACUGUGUUCCUUGCUGUCUCUACCACCUCUACCUCCACUUCUACUAUCCCCACCUCGUCCGGUUUCCUUCCCAUCGCAGACACUAUUCCUCCUACUCCUACUGUCUACAAGCGUUCUUUGCAAGAAGAGCAGGAACCGGAGUGUGCCCUCUGGGUCGAUGACUACCGGUAUGCUCAAGAAGUGGUAUGCCAUGAAAAGAAUGUAAUCACAAUGACCACUACCUCAACGGUCACUGGUUCUCCUGUGACUAUUACCGCUGCCACACCUAUUACAACGGUGACAGUGACCGACACCAUCACAAGUCGCUCAGUGGUCAUCCCCUCGGAUGUGUCCACCACCUUGAGCUACAGCACCACCAAAACCAUCACCGAAACUGUGGAGGUGCUCGCCAGUACAACAACCCUGACAAGUACUACUACUGUUGUUGGUGCAGUAGCUACAGCCACAUCUUACGCUGCUUGUGCUGCCAACAACAUCGCUGGCGCCCCUCUAUCUGCGGACUUCGGUUCUGACGAGGGUAAAUAUAUCUAUCUUAUAACUUUCUCUAAGAUUGCUGGUGAGAGAUUGUCUGUUGGCAACACCGCUUCUGUGUAUGAUUGCUGUGUGAGCUGUCAGGAGAGUGCCACUUGUGCCAUGUCCUACUACUGGCAUUCCUCCGUAGUGAGUUACUGCUAUCUGAUCUCUAGCACUCAGUGCUCAGUUACAGAUAACUACGCCACUGCCUCCUUGCAGGAUGCUGCGACCAACAUGCAAAUGUCGAACGGAAACUGUGGUCGUGUUGUUUCAUAG